ACCCCUGAGGUUUUUUCUGCCCCUGGCACCAGUGAUAAAGGUGAUACUAAGGCCCAGCACGGGCCCUCCGUGGCUGAACCCAUAUCCCUGCAUAGGGACAUGGUGGCCCCUCUGGAGCAAUUGGACUCUGAGGAGUUCCACUCGCUCCUGGACGCCACCAUGUCAAAAUCAGUUACCCAAGCUAUCUUUAACGCCAUGGGGGUUAUGUCGGAUAACUUGUCACACUCUAUUUCGAGUGCCAUUAAGGCGUCUAACCCCAGCAUGACUCAAGCCAGGGCCGCAGAGGGGGAACCUUUAAGCAGAGAGGGCCGUAAGGCCAUGAGUAAAACCCACAAGGUGGGAACACAUGCCUCCAAAACUAGACUGACGGACAGG